CUGGUCAGCACCUCGGAGACUGUUACUCUCUUAUAUUCCAGCACUGAGGAAUAUCACAACAUUCUAGCGUCUCAACCUUUCAAUCAUUUUUAUUCUCCUUUGCCGUCAUGGCAUUCUUAACUUUCUUCUUCAUCGUGUCCUUCUUAUGUGUUCUGACGCUCUGGAAACGGUUUAUCACAUCACGUCGUCAUAAGAUCCCGCCUGGUCUGAAGGAGCUCCCAGGGCCCAAAGGUUACCCCAUCGUUGGUUCCGUACCUGAGGUUCCUGAGAAGAACAGCUUCAUUAAAUUCGCAGACUGGGGUAAAGAAUAUGGGCCUAUCUAUCAAGUUGAUCUCGCUGGAAGCAACCAUGUUUGGAUAUCCUCGGAUCAGAUAUCUCGAGAUCUUCUAGCGAAGAAGGGAGCGAUUUACUCCGAUCGACCCCAUAUUCCUGCCUUGAUUUCCGACAACCGUACGAGUUCACAGUACUUGCCAUUGCUGAGCAAGAACGAUGGUUGGACUCGCCAACGCAAGUUCGCCAACGUUAUCAUGCGUGAGUCUGAGAAGGCUCUUUUUCACCGCUAUCCCGAACUGGAGGCCAAACGUAUGCUUGUUGAACUCAUGGACGACCCCACCCGUUACAACCAUGCUUUGGAGUCAUUCAUUUCCCGCGUCACCUGUAGGUUGGCUUGGGGACAUAGCGAUGCUAGCGAUGAACUCAAGCAACGUGCCCGCGAGCUCCUCAUUGGCGUUUCUCCUACCGGUGCUCUCGGAAAUAAGCUUCCAUUUCUGAUGUCACUCCCUGAUUGGCUCGUGCCUGCUAAGGCAUGGGAACGAAGGCGCGCCGCAACGGAGCGCAAGUUCUUUGAGACAAUGCAAAGCCAGGUUGAGGCCGAUAUAAGGGAGAAGAAGGCCCCGCAGUCAUGGAUGAGGACUUUCCUCGACAAUCGAUCUAAAUGGGGAUUCCAGUACGAACUAGAAGGUGCAUACGCUGUUGGCAUGCACGGCAUCGCUGGAGCCCUCACCAUUGCGGCGCCUAUGCAGACAUUCUGUUUGGCGAUGUGCUUCUACCCACAAUACUUGCCUAUGCUGCAAGAAGAGCUCGACCGAGUCUGUGGUGACCGUCUUCCUCGCGCCGAAGAUCGACCCAAUCUUCCCUUCACACGUGCAAUUAUUCGAGAAUGCCUGCGAUGGCGACCACCUGUUCCGACCGGUAUCCCGCAUUAUUUGACGCAGGAUGAUGAGUGGAAUGGGUACCAUAUUCCAAAAGGCAGCACAAUGCACCCACUUGAAUGGGCCAUCGCCCGAGAUCCUGCCAUGUUUCCGGACCCCGAGACUUUCAAUCCGCUUCGAUGGGUCGAACCCGGCUGGCCAAGUUACCAGGAACCCCUUACUCAGUUCCCCACUAUCAUCAACUCUACACAAUUUGGUUAUGGCCGGAGAAUUUGCCAAGGUCAAGGUGUCGCGGAUGAGGAUCUCCUCAUCGGUAUUGCUUCAAUCGGAUGGUUGUUCAAUAUCGAUCGAAUCCCUGAAUCUAUGCCUCCCUCAGCCUCGGGGCCUUCUCCUGCCACUGACUCAGAGAAAAUCGAGCAUUUUGGUGUUGGUAUGAACGAGAAGGCAUCUAUCUCGAGCGAGGAGCUGAACACUGGCAUCGAAUCGAAAGACGCCGCUCCGACAAUGGAAGACGUUAUUCUAUCAAAGUACACCUACCCAGGAGCUUACCCGGAGGAAGGGGCCAAAGAAGAGAAGACACAAAAGGUGAGGAGCAGGCUCGAUAGCGCUAACUCUCAAGCCGAAAAGCCAACCGAAAAGCCCAAGCAAGAGAAGGCAAAGAAUCUACUCGACCCAACCCUCGACUUCACGACUCUUCUCAUUGCGAAACCUCUACCGUUCCGUUUCAAUCUUAGCGUGCGCCACGACAAGCGUGACCGGGCGCAGAAAGUUCGGGAGUUGUUUACUGAGGCCCUGAACAACGGGGACUACAAAGAAAGCCGUGAAUUUUGGGGAGAGAACCAAGGAAAAGACAAGCCGUUAGGGUGGGGAAAGGUCCUUGAUGGAGUUGAAGGAACGCUUUUAAUAUGUUUUUCAAUUUGGAAUAAGACUACCCGAUCGUAUUUCAAACGAGUCUUCCGCCUCGAUAUUGGCAUGGCUGGGGCGUUGGGGGAAUAUUGUUCUGGCGGAUGGGCUUUUACCGGGCGCCCUUUUAUCAUUUCCACGCCCAUGGGCCAUACACAUCAUCCUAAAACGCUAACCUCAGGAUGCAACCCCUCGCCUCUUAAAACACUAGCAGUGCUCUGGCGAAGAAGAUUCCUUGACGAUCCCUUCCAGUUGUGUGAUUCCUCUACUAGUUCCACUAUGCUCGGUUUCACUGCGUCUCGUUGUCAAAUCUGUGCGUACCUGUUCGGCGUCGCCUUGUUCAGUAUCUCGUUCCUCGUCUUCCUUAAUAGCUCCAUCAGCUUCGUCAUCACUCAGCGCAUUGGACAAGACCGGAAUGUUGGAGAUGCAGUGGGUACACUGGGCUUCGCAGAUGAACUUGUUGCGCUGAUAGCAUGUCCGGCGUGGGGCCUGUUGAGUGAUCGUGUAGGCGUAAGAAGUGUUGCCGUCCUAGGAUACACCAUUGUAGGCCUCAGCUUAUACGUCUUUGUGCAAGCAAAGAAUAUAUACCCUCAGUUACUGCUAGCGCGGCUGCUGUUCAGCCUGGGUGCAACGGCUACCGCAACUAUGGUCACGGCAAUUCUUCCAACCAUGACUAUAGCAAACACUCUUCAUGACCCUCGAUCGCCGACUCGUGGCGCGAAUGGCCCAUCUCAUACGAUGGCCGCCUCCAUAUCAUCCGAAUUGACAAUUACCCCCGCCCGGUUCCGCUCGCGUUCUCCCACAAUUGACAAUCACCCAAAGAAGGACACAGGAGCUUCGACAUCCCAGCUUGCUGGACUCGUCGGAAUGUUCACGGGCUGUGGUGCCCUGGUCGCUCUCCUCAUAUUCCUUCCGCUGCCAACGCGCUUCCAGAGGGCGGGUGCGUCGCCAGCCAUGGCAGUUGCAGAUUCGUUCUACGCUGUAGGGGCUGUAGCAAUUCUUGUGGCCCUGGGAUGCUUCUUUGGACUCCGAAGUCUUCCGGGAGAAGAAGGAAAGGGCUGGAGCCGUCUAGUAUCCAUCAAGUCGGACAAGGCUUCCGAGACGGUUUCCUCCGAUCGACCAAUUCUUCCCUAUCCGAGACUGUUUCUUACUAGCAUUGAGCUUGCGUUCAGGUCGCGCAAUAUUGGUCUUGGGUAUCUUGGUGGAUUCGUCGCCAGAGCUUCAUCUGUUGGCAUUUCUCUCUUCAUCCCACUCUUCGUCAAUGCGUACUUUUUACGGACUGGAAAAUGUUCUGUUGCGGAUCCGUCCGAUCCUACCGAUAUCAAGGAUGCCUGUCCUCGCGCAUAUACACUUGCAGCUGCAUUGACAGGAGUCAGUCAACUUGUAGCGUUGCUAUCCGCACCACUCUUUGGCUAUCUGUCCGGUCGAUUUCGGAAAUUCAAUGUCCCAUUGCUAAUUGCAGCUCUUUCGGGUAUCAUAGGUUACUCAGCAUUCGGAUCCCUUAAAAGCCCAGACCCAGAGAGCGAGGGUGGCACCGGUGCUGUUUUCUUUAUCGUAGCCUUGCUCGGUAUCAGUCAAAUCGGUGCGAUAGUAUGCUCCCUCGCUCUCCUCGGACGAGGCAUUCAAAACGAUAAAGUGGAGAAUGCAGAGUCAGACAGCACCGAAACGGCUACCAAUGGCACCUCACAUCCCUCUGCUGGGGCUACCCCACCAAUAACUCCCCCAAUCACCCCAGCAACCGAAGACGCCCCCUUACUCGGGCGAAGCCACAAUCCCUCAAGACCGUCUUCGCCUUCCAAUCCGCAAACUCAUAAUCAUCUCAAAGGCAGCAUUGCAGGGACAUAUAGCCUUCUCGGAGGGUUCGGUAUACUGCUCCUUACUAAGGCUGGGGGAGCACUAUUCGAUACAAGUGGCCCUGGUGCUCCUUUCUUUAUGAUGGCGUCCUUCAAUGCACUUUUACUAGUAGUGGGCCUUGGUGUUGGAGUAUGGGAGAUAACUCAGGGUUGGAAAAAACGGGAGGAUAUUUGACAUUGACCCGUUGAAGCCGACAUGAAGUAAUGGAUAAGAGUAUGAUUGUAAUAAGCACAUGUACGAAGUCGCCUGGGUGGCUCUCUAAUGGUGAUUCGUUCCACAGCCGGGAAAAGAAAGUUUUUGGAAUGGCCUGUUCUAGAAACCACUGGCCGAGGACGUCGAGACGAAUUUUUGUGGGGAUGCGUAAUCGUUUAUCAGAUCGGAUGUCUUUGAGUGCAAGACAUUGAUUGGCUGGUCGGUUGACCUGCCUUCCUCUUCCGCUAAGCCAAUCGGUAGACCUGCCCUUUUUCGCCCCUGGUUCGCAACAACUCCCCGCAAGCGUCACGAUGUAUGGGUGGGUGGAGUCUCAACACCCGUGUGAUCCACCGAGAGGCAACAACGACGGCGAAGUCGUGGUAUCGAUGUAGCGAGAGUAUUUCAG